GGAUGAAGAGCCCCUGGCCCAGGUCCCUGGAAAUCUGAGGGGUCCACCUCCUUGGUCAGGGCUCAUAAACACUGUUGCCCCCUACAGGCCUGAGGGCGCCCCCGCCUCCCCCCGGCCCCCCACCAGCCAUGGCCCUGGUCAGCAUCAACGAGCUGCCCGAGAACAUUCUGCUGGAGGUGUUCACGCACGCGCCCGCCCGCCAGCUGCUGCGCUGUCGCCUGGUCUGCAGCCUCUGGAGAGACCUCAUUGACCUGGUGACACUCUGGAAGCGAAAGUGCCUGCUGGAGGGCUUCAUCACCGAGGACUGGGACCAGCCCGUGGCUGACUGGAAGAUCUUUUACUUCUUGUGCAGCCUCCGCCGGAAUCUCCUGCGGAACCCGUGUGCGGAAGAGGAUCUGACAUCCUGGCAAAUUGACUCCAAUGGCGGAGACGAGUGGAGGGUAGAGAGCCUCCCUGGAGACCAUGGGACAGAUUUUCCAGACUCCAAAGUCAAGAAGUACUUUGUCACAUCUUUUGAGAUGUGCCUCAAGUCCCAGCUGGUGGACCUCAAGGCCGAGGGCUACUGGGAGGAUCUGCUAGACACGUUCCGGCCUGAAAUCGAGGUUAAGGACUGGUUCGCCGCCAGAGCCGACUGUGGCUGCACAUACCGCAUCCGAGUGCAGCUGGUCUCAGAAAACUACAUCGUCCUGGCCUCCUUUGAGCCCCCGCCUGUGACCAUUGAUCAGUGGAACAGUGCCGAGUGGACAGAGGUCUCCCACACUUUCUCGGAUUACCCGUCAGGGGUCCGCCACAUCCUCUUCCAGCACGGGGGCAAGGACACCCAGUUCUGGGCAGGCUGGUACGGGCCCCGUGUCACCAACAGCAGCAUCAUCAUCACCCCUAAGAUGACCAGGGACCGGGGGCCCUCCACGGCUCCGCCUGAGACCCUGUAGGGGCAGGAGAAGGCUGCCCACCUGCCCUCCUCACUUCAUCUCCACGGGCCCUUCUGACAGUCCGACAUCCGCUGGCCAUUCAGCCGUCCUCUCUCUGGGCCGCUUGACUUCCGGAGGUCCCCUCCAGCUGAGCCUGUCGUGGGCAGUGAGGGCCCCUACCUUGGGAGCCCCCACCCCAGUUCCAACCUUGGGCAAACCCAGCAGUUUGUGGCAACUCCCUGUCAUAUACUCUGACGUUUCAUGACAAUAAAUGUUUUCAGUAAAACCA